UCUCUCUCUCUCUCUCUCUCUCUCUCCGUGGUUCCUCGACGAAACGGCGGUACUCCCUGUCUCCAUGGCUCGUCGACGACACAGAAUCAUGUCUCUCCGUGGCUCGUCGAUGAAGCGAAGAGUCUCUCUCUUUGUGGCUCCUCGAUGGACCGACGAUGAACCUCUCUAUCUUCGUGCCUCCUCGACUUCAUCGCUGAUUGGAUUAUCUCCCUCUCUGUGGGUCUCCUCGACGGCGAAGGACCGUUCUCUCUCUGUCGAGAUACUUGAAUCGGAAGGUUCGAUUCGGUCUGGCGGUGGCUCUCGUCAACGGCGUCGGAGCUCUCUGUCAAUGGCUCUCCGCGCUCAGGGAUCAACUCGCGUUUGAUAUGUUCAGUGGAAAGAGAGAGCUGAGGAAGAUUCAUCAAUACAGGUUCUUUAUUAAUCCUGUUCUGUCUCUGUGUGCAAAUUUAAAUGUCACAGUAGAGUAAUUAUAAAUGAAGUCAAUUGAAUUGAAUUAGAACUGAUGUGGUUAGCUUUUGUGAUGAAUUGAAAGUAGAGUAAUUAAAGAUGUAGUUGUGGAAGGUAGGGUAAUUAAACGAUUAUGGUUGUCAAUGGUAAUAAAUAGAACUGAUGGUUAGAUAGUAGAUCAAACGUGAAAUUUGUCUAAAAGCAUUGUUUGUUGUUAGAUAUAUGUCAAGUCUUAAUGCAUUCAAGUGUGUUAAAGCAUUGUUUGUUGUUUGUUUGGUUGAGUGUGUUGAAUGCUGCUUGUCUUUCUUUUUGGCUUAUUUAUGGAUACUGUCUUUCACUUCAAUCUCCAACAUGUGAAUGCCUCUGUCUCCUCCUUCUCCUCUGUCGCCUCCUUCUCCUCUGUCUCCUCCUUCUCCUCUGUCUCCCCCUUCUCCUCCUUCUCCUCCUUCUCCUCUGUCUCCCCCUUCUCCUCCUUCUCCUCCUUCUCCUCUGUCUCCUCUGUCUCCUAUCUCUCUUCUAUCUCCUAUCUCUUUCACUUCGGUAAUGGAUUUCAAUCCAUUUCAUGACUCUGCCAACUUUGUUGAACUACUUAAUAGUCAACAAAAUGUUGUCUUUGGCAGUCAAAGUGAAGGAAGUGUUUCACUCUCUGCAUCGCAAGCUCCUCUCGUAGCCAGUCAAGAAGCACCAGCAGAGCGUAAGGGACGAAGGACGUGGACGACAACAGAUGAUAUAGUGUUGAUCAGCUCGUGGUUGAACACGAGCAAAGAUCCACUUGUUGGGAAUGAGCAAAAAUGCACGGCUUUCUGGCAGAGAAUUGCAGAUUACUUCUCGGCGUCUCCUAAGGUUGCUGGUGGGAAAAAAAUCACAAAAACUCAGUGCAAGCAACGUUGGCACAAGAUGAAUGAUAAGGUUAACAAGUUUUGUGGGGCUUAUGAAGCAGCAACAAGAAACAGAACCAGUGGUAUGAACGAGGAUGAUGUGCUCAAAAUGGCCCACGAUAUCUUCUUGAACAACCAUCAAAAGAAGUUCACCUUUGAGCAUGCGUGGAAGGAGCUUCGCGAUGACCAGAAGUGGUGUCUACUCUCAGUAAAUGGAAGCAGCUCGAAAAGGAGGAAAUUCGACAAUGGUUCACAUUCAGAAAGCUCUCACGCAGCUACAAAUGAAACAAAUGCUUCUGUAGAUGCUGAAGGAACACCUCGUCCUCCUGGUGUUAAGGCAGCAAAAGCACAGAAGUGGAAGAAGGUGGGUGAGGAAAAAGAGGUCGCUGGCUUCAACAAUAUGUGGAGCAUCAAGAAGGAGGAUUUGGCAAUGAAGACAGAGAUCACGAAGAUGAGGCUACUUGAGAGUCUUGUUAAUAAACAAGUACCACUUGAUGAAUACGAAGAAGUUCUCAAGAAAAAACUCAUAAAAGAGUUGAUGUAAUUCUCGGUCAUGUUGUUUCUGUUUAUGGUUUAUGUUUCUGUUUCUGUUUCAUGUGAUUUCUGUUAUUUCUGUUUCUGUUUCAUGUUGUUUCUGUUUAUGGUUUCUGUUUCUGUUUCAUUUGUGUUGUUCUUUCUAAUGAAAUGAUUUCUGUUCAUGUUAAUGGUUCUUGUUCAUGACUUGUUGGUUGCUGUGAUUUAUGUUAAAUUUGUGAAUCAUUUGAUCUCUGUGUCUUGUUCUUUUCAGUGUCGACAGGAGCUAAGAAGUGGAGUGCAAGAAGUGGAGUGCAAGAAGCACAGAAGUGAAGUGUCGUGAAGUGUAGUCUUGUAGUGAGUCUUGUAGUGUAGUGAGAUGUCUUGUAGUGAGUCUUGUUGUUUAGUGUCACAUGAGAUGUUAGCUUGUGAGUCUUGUUUUGUUGUUUAGUGUCACAUGAGAUGUUAGCUUGUGAGUCUUGUUUUGUAGUUUA